AUGGCUGAUACUAUCAUGCAAGAAACUGUCAUGCAGGAUGCUGAUAUGCAAGAUACUGUCAUGCAGGAUACUGUCAUGCAAGAUACUAUCACGCAAGAUACUACCACAGAAGACGCUACUACCGCUGUCGUGCCCGGCCCCGUGCGAAAAGUAGCGAAGAUGAGAAGAUCCAGAAAUGAAGGCUGGAAAAAAACACCGUGUGAAAACCACUGGAAACCUACCGAAAAAUUCCACCUGCUCCAUCUCUACACCAGCAACGACAAUGUCUCCAGGACUGAAGAUGGCAUACUUCACUACGGUAAAGACGCAGCAGAUGGCUUAGCCGAGGACAUGACGGCAGAGUCCGUAAAACAUCACCCGGGAGGCUUGCUACACGCAUCUGAUCCUUGGUUUCCGAGAACUUACACCUCUAGCAUGAUGUGUGACAGGUUGCGACGCAUGCUUGCGGAAGAAGAUGACUUGGCGUUUGAGUUGGAGGCCGAGUUGAACGCUCACUAUGGUAUGGUUCCAGACACCGCAGCGGAAGUGGCCACAAUCGAGAGACAGAGACGAGCCCUGGUGAAAGAAUCGGCGAGAAAAUCGAGGCAGCUGGAGAAAGAAGAGAAAAUCCAAGAAAAAGUGCGCAUAAGUGGAGAAGAGCAUAUACAGAAUUCAAACGAGGGGCUUAGAUUAGCAUUUAGAAAAGUUAAAAAGCCUGUUAUCCUUGAUAAGACCGCUGCUUGA